CAGAAAGAUGAAGUCGAUAGAUAUUGGCAACUUUCUGCGAUAAUUCCCAUCUUACACAAUUUUCACUUCAAGUAUAUUAUUUGAUUCUCUCGUUGACAUUUUCUUUGCUUGUCAUCUUUUCUGAUUCUAAAAUCUCCAAAAAUUAUAUCAAAAGUUGUCCUGAUGUUUGUCGGCCAUUAUUUCCAUUAUUUCGAUUUAUCCUCCCAUUGGUUUAGCUUUGGGUUUCACGGUGCACAGCAUCUUGCAGCAAACAGGUAGCACAGAUAGCCAGAUAGCGCUAUUAGGACAAAGCUAGUUGAGACUUGGGUGAUCCUUGGUCGGAUUAUUUUUAUUCGAUUUGGGUUUGACAGGUACGGGUAGGAACGGCACAGAUUCCGGGACUAACAGAAUUGAGUAAUUAUAUGAGCUAUUUGGGCAAGUAUGACUCUGGCGACUGCAAAUAUCAGUCGAUGUCAUGGCUUCGCUUUCCCUCAUGCAUCUCAAAAAGCAGCGUGGAAGGAUCUACAGCGAGGUCAACAAUUCAUGCUUCGGCCAGUGAAAAGCACAAGCAUAAGCGCUUCCGCUAGACUUAUCAUAGCUCGGCCAACAGAAACUCCGCUUUCGCUUUGCGGAUCCCGAAAAGCCUGCAGCAGAUUGUUUACCUCCAGCUGUGAGCUUCCUCUUCUGGUUCAGGCGAAUCGUUCAAUUUUCACCCCCCGGAUUCCACGACAACGCGCUACAUCCGUGAGAGGGCCGGAUCAAUUUGGUUGUGCAUGUUUAUUCAGUCGCGUUUCAUCUGACACCCUCCAACAACAACCUUGGUUAUCAGUUUCGUCGUCAUUGUCGCGUGCCUCUUGUAGAGCUUUUUCGACAAGGUACCCCACCAUGGCCGCCACUAGAUUGGAUGGCACAGCUAUCGCCAAAAAGAUUCGUGAGAGGCUUGCUGUGGAGAUAGUCGAAAAGCAAAAGUCCAACCCCAAAUACCAGCCAUGCCUCAAGAUCAUCCAAGUUGGUGAUCGUUCUGACUCUUCGACUUAUGUUCGCAUGAAGCUUAAGGCCGCCCAAGAGGUAAUCCAAUAUUAUAUCCCAUUCAUAAUAUUCUCAUAAUCUAACAAUUGUGACUCAUAAAAGGCUAAUAUCACAUGUGAACUCUUACACUCCCCUGAGGAUAUCACUGAGGCCGAGCUCUUGGCUCAGCUACACCUUCUCAACAAUGACCCUGGGGUGCACGGUAUUCUAGUUCAGCUACCC